GCGGAAGGACGAAACUACAAGUCCCAGGGUGCUCGGCGCACGGAGCCAUUGACGGCCAUUUGAACAGGGAGGCGGCGAGGCCGAGUAUUUGUGGGCACCUGAAGGCGGGUGAGCAGAUCGACACUCAAACAAAAUGCCUGGACGUUCGUCCAUCAUGCCAGUGAUUUCCUUCAGCGCUGUGGAUUCGGCUUUGUCUUCACUGAAAACAUGUCACGUAUCGAUCAAUACUGGAAUUGAGGUUACAACUGACGUCGCACUAGCGCUUACAGAGCAUGAAGGCAGUGCGGAGGAAGUAAGCAAAAUGGAAAAAUUAAUGCUAGACUAUGUGUCCAUGGACCGAGAACUUGAGCAAUUUAUACACGUUGUAGAAGAUGUCACAAAUCAGAUCAAGCAAGAACGACCAGAACGAUUACCUGAUAUGAAGUUAUUAGUAAAUAAAAAGUUUAAUGAAGUGCAAAAUCUGAACAAAGACGAAGAUCUACUCAAAACUGACAUAUAUCGACACUUUAAAAGCCAGCUGAAUGAGAUGAAAAAGCAAGUCGGUGCAGGAUCACAGAAUGAGAGCACUUCAGCCAAUGAGAUUGACGAAGACAUUGCAGUGACCCAGAGCCAGAGGAAUUUCAUUUGCCCCAUUACACAGAGAGAAUUGCAAUGUCCUGUGAAGAAUAAAGUUUGUGGUCACAGCUAUGAAGAAGAAGCCAUAAUAAAAAUAAUCCAAACCAAGCACAAACAAAAGAAGAAGGCUCGGUGCCCAGUUGUUGGAUGUGAUAAUGGAGAUAUGAACCAGUCUGAUCUUUCAACGGACUCUACCCUGAGGAGAGCAAUUGAAAGUCAUAGAAGAUUUCAAACCCGACGAUUACUUGACACACAAACAGUAGGCAAUGAAGGAGAGUAUAUCAGAUCUACUUGAAGGGUUUUGCUGUGAGAUGAAAGCAAUUCUAAUUAAUUGCAGACAGUUAUACAAUUUUCCCAACAUGUAAGCUGCAUUCCAUUUGGAUUAUGUUUGGUUCAUUUAAAGCACAUUUCACAGACAUAUACUGAUUUAAGAAGAAUAUUGCACCCAAGCUACAGACAAAAAUUCAGGCCAGCAGCAUUUAUGAGGUGUCGUUUUUGCAAAUCUAAAUAUAUAACUGAAGGCCAGCUAGAAAAAUUGAGGAUAGUGUUUCUUAAAUUAUAUAUUUCCUUGUAAGGCAAAGGCAUUAACUGAAAGCAGUUCUGUUUAAUGUAAUUUAUUUUAAGUUUAAAACUGAUGAUUUCUUUGUAGUUCCCUAUGAUGUCUGGAAAAUGUCUCUGUCAUUUUUGUGCAGCACAAUGUUCUCAAAGUAGAUUGUAACAUCAUUUAUCGCCACUGAUGUUUUGGGACUUCCCAUUGAUUCUUUUUCCUUGUUUGAUGUAUCUGGAAUAUAGUUUUUUUUUCUGAUUUAAUUACAUAGAAUAAAUGAUGGAGUACCCUCAGAAAAUGUUACAUUGUACAAAUUAGCAAAAGUGUGAGUAGUUGCUAUCAUAAUACACAAUGUUGAACUGUGAAAAACAGCCAAAAAAGCAUGAACAGUGUGCGAAAAGAUUUGCAUUGCUCUUUUAAACAUAUUCCACAUCAUUUUUGAUUAUUUGAGUUGAUUGAGGGUGUAAAUGGUGUAAAUAUUGUGAAUCACUAGACCAGGAAUGAAAUAAUUGACAUGUUGAACGAAUUACAGUGAAAUGUCAAUCUCAAUUGCAAAUUCAGUCUGGAGUAGGGUUGUGAAUGGUCAGCUUUCUGAACUCGAGGUGAAAAUGGUGUCCACAAGAUAACUAGUUCCAAACUAGCAAUGUGGCCCUAAAGGACUGGCAUCUGUUGAUUUCCAUUUUGUGUCAAUCUACUGCUCUCCACUCUUCACAAUGCAGCAACUGAAAACCAUUAAUCAAAAUGAACUACUGAAAAUAUUCCCUUGGCCAGGCAGCAUGUGGAGACAGACACUAAAUUGUCAUUUCAGGUCAGUGACUUGUCAUCAGAACUGAAACAUUUAUGUUUUAACUUGCAGAGAAGUGGAGAAAUUAAAGAAAGAGUGUGAUAAGGGAUUCAAUUGGUUUGGGUGCUGUGAAAAGGAGGGAUCUGUCUGGAGAAUUGUAAAUAGAAGAUGAGAACAGUUAGAAACAAAAACAAUGCUGGAAGUGUGCGAAGCAGACACAGCAUUUGCUGGAAAUAUGAAAUAGAAUGUUGGAAAUACGUUUUGUGCUUUUCACUAAGAAACUUUGUCUAAUCAAACACAGAAAACAGCCAUUCAUUCCAUUUUACCUUCACUGGUACAUUUCUCUAUAGCCUGAAAAUAUUUUGAGUACAAUCGCUUGUCAUAGUUCCAGCUUUUUCAAACCCUGCCCCAUUCUUAAAGCAUAUUUCUGGACAUAUGUGAAUAGUUUGUUGGCUAUUGCAAAUGCAAUGCAUCACGGCUUAUUUUGGUCCUUCACAGUUUAAGCUUCAUAUAAUAAAUUGUGGAACUGGUUACUCCUCUGUUAUGGAUCACUAACCAUUUUGGCUGCGAUUGGCAAUCUACCUGAGUUUGGGGACAUUCCUGAUCUGUCUGAAGAAGGGUUUCGGCCCGAAACGUUGCCCAUUUCCUUCGCUCCAUAGAUGCUGCUGCACCCGCUGAGUUUCUCCAGCAUUUUUGUCUACCUUCCUGGUCUAUAUGUUUUGGUUUUGCACUUAACUGUUGGAGAGAGAUGCAAGUAUGUUUUAAAUGAGUUGGAGAUUUUUUCAUGCAUUUCUAAUAGUUAUGCUUGUGAGUGUUUUAGUUGCAUAAAGCAAAUAGCUUUCGGAAUUGUUUCAUUUGUUCAGUCAUGCUUUCAACUUGUAGGAUAAUGCUUUAUAUCCAUUUGUAUUUGCUUUACAAGAUACAGUAUUGCAGUAAUUGUUUUAAAUUUAAUUUCUAUUUAGGUUUGUCUCCAUGGUAAAUAAUGUAAAUACCCAAGAAGAAUUUAAAGCUGAACUUCUGCUAAAAAUGAGAUGUAUUUUAUGUCUACCUGAAUUUUUUUCAGAGUCUAAGUGGGUGGCUUAAAAACUGAAGUCCAGUGAUUAAAGGAAAAAGAAACAAAAUAUGUUUAUUUCUUAA